ACCAGCCUAAAGGUCUUCGCGGCAUUUUACAUUCGUCAUAGUAUCUGCAUUUCCAUUGCGAAACCUUCCAGCCUUCACUAUGCCCUCACUACCUCCUCAUCGUCUACGAUACGACAAUGCAGCACCCGAGGUGUCAGUGCCGCUGUCCCCGCUGGCGGCUACGAUUCGGGGUCGUCGCACCCCCAAAUUAAUCAAAGCCCCGAGAGUAACAUGGGCGACGACAAAUGCGUCUUACGACGAAGAAGCUGAGCCUGGCUUGCGCGCCUCUUCGCCCUCCCCAUCCCUACUGCUUGUACCAGGCAUAUACGAGCGCCAAAUCCGCUCCAUUCCACAUAAACUCUCCACCCUGUCUGAAGCCUCUUCAACCUCAACCUCCGCCUCCGCCUCAGAUGCCAUUGUUUCUCCGGUCCAUGGCCAACGCCAACGCCAACGCCAACGCCAACGCCGCUCCACCCCGUCGCUCACCACCCCUUCACCAUCGCCAAAUUCCCAUGAUGUCCUAGUGGGCAAGGGCCACAAUGCGCAGCAGCAGCGUAGAAGUGUGCCGCAUGUAAGAUCGCGGUUUAGAGAGCGGGUUUCGCUUGAUGGGCCGGCGCUUUUUGAGGGGAAUCCUGACCCGGGGGUCAAUGGUAGUGUAGAUGGGGGGAAGGAGGCGGCUUCGGAAGAAGAGGAAGGGGUGGAUGAUGAUGAGGAGGAGGAGGAUGAAGAAGAAGAUGGUGGUGAAAUUGACGAAGAAGAGGAGAAGAAAAAGAGCGAGGAUGAGUACGACGAGCUUGCUCGCAAGGUACUCGCACAAAGAGCUAGGAGAGCAAGUUGGAGGGGAAGUUUAGAGCGGGCGUGGAAGGCUGUCAAGAGGGUUUUUGGGGCACGGAGGCAUGAUGUCUGA